AUGGCCUCACAUCUGAGCAACAUCUACGGCUCCGAGCAAGACAAAGUGAACUGUUCGUUCUACCUGAAGAUCGGCGCAUGUCGGCACGGGGAGCGGUGUUCACGGAAGCACAUCAAGCCGACCUUCUCCCAGACGCUAGUGAUCGCCAACAUGUACCAGAACCCGGCGCACGACCCGAACUGCAAGCUCUCCGAGGCCGAGCUGACCUCCUACUUCGAGACGUUCUACGAGGACGUGUUCUGCGAACUGGUCAAGUAUGGCAAUCUGCUCGAGAUGCAUGUCUGCGAUAACGUCGGCGACCAUCUCAUCGGGAACGUCUAUGCUCGAUACGAUUGGGAGGACGAGGCGCAGAUCGCCGUCGAUGCCUUCAACCAGAGAUGGUAUGCUGGUCGACCACUCUUCGCCGAACUCUCACCAGUCACCGACUUCAGGGAAGCCUGUUGCAGACAGAACGACAUGGGCGAAUGCAACCGCGGCGGAUUCUGCAACUUCAUGCAUUUAAAAGAGCCCCGGUCCUCAUUAGUCCGCGAACUGCAUGCCCAACAGCGAGUCGAGCGGAAGCUACACCCGUCGAUCCGGGACCAAGAGCGGGCCAAGGAGAUCGCCGAAUUCUCCGCCCCUCCUAUUUCCACCCUCGACAAACAUCCUCAGAAGCAUAGUAGCAAACAUUCCGACAACGAUGAGGACGAGGAUAAUCAGGAGGCGCGUUCGGAUGACCACCCUCAGAGAAAACGGUCGGCUGAUGGGCCCGAAUCCGGUAUCGAUCUCGACAGGCAUCGGCAGUCUAGGAAAUCUCGCCGUGGAUCCGAUCCUGCCCAGCUCGAUCGGUCUUUCUAA